UAAUUUAAGAGUAAGAUAUUAGUUCAAAAAGAUAAAGAAAGGGACAAAGGAUAAUUAAUUCAAUGAACACGAUCCUAAAAUAGAAAAGUACGAAAACACCCCUUAUCUUCCGAACACUUUUCCGAUCGCAAAAUGAUCGCCUGAAACCAUCGCCGGCUUCAGAGUGUUUGAUCGUUUCUCCAGAUAGAUAGAUUGAUCCAAUAUGGCGAAAUCGGAAAACUCAACGACUUCGACUUUCUCUUCUUUCGCCAACAAGAUUCAACCGUCCAACGAUGCAGAGUCCGAUCCCGAUUCGUAUGCCCUCGAGAAAUUCAAACUCUACGAAACCAGAGCGAGGUUUUAUCUAGUAGGGAGUGAUAGGAAUAAAAGAUUCUUCAGAGUGUUGAAGAUUGAUCGUUCAGAGCCAUCUGAGCUUAAUAUUAGUGAAGAUCCUGUUGUAUAUUCGCCUCAAGAGAUCAAGAGUCUGCUUCAGCGUAUCGCUGAAGGCAAUCGUGCCACGGGAGGAUUGGCUUUUGUGGCCAAAGUCUAUGGAAUUGCUGGUUGUGCUAAGUUUAUGGAGUCAUACUAUUUAGUUUUGGUUACAAAACGGCGACAGAUUGGAUGUAUAUGCGGGCAUGCGAUAUAUGCUAUUGAUGAAAGUCAAAUGAUCAGUGUUCCACAUGCAACUAUUCAAUCUGAUGUUGCGAAUUCCAAAACUGAACUAAGGUACAAGAAGCUUCUGUCAAGUGUAGAUUUGACAAAAGAUUUCUUCUACAGUUACACUUACCCUAUAAUGCAAAGCUUGCAAAAGAAUGUUCUAUCAUCUGGUGAGGAAGGGAUGCCUUAUGAUAACAUAUUCGUAUGGAAUUCGUAUCUGACGCAGCCUAUUCGAUCAAGGUGCAACAACACUAUUUGGACACUGGCAUUAGUUCAUGGGCACUUUAAGCAGAUAAGACUAUCAAUAUAUGGAAGAGACUUCAGUGUUACUUUAGUCUCCAGACGUUCUCGACAUUUUGCAGGCACACGUUACUUGAAAAGGGGAGUGAAUGAUCGUGGAAGGGUUGCAAAUGAUGUUGAAACAGAACAACUUGUUCUUGAUGAUGAAGCUGGAUCAUGCAAAGGAAAAAUGAGCUCAGUGGUGCAGAUGCGAGGGUCAAUUCCACUCUUUUGGUCACAAGAGGCCUCCAGAUUUAGUCCUAAGCCUGAUAUCUUCUUACAGAGGUAUGACCCUACAUAUGAGUCAACCAAAAUGCAUUUUGAAGACCUGGUGAAUCGAUAUGGGAAUCCGAUCAUUGUGCUCAACUUAAUUAAGACAGUUGAGAAAAGGCCAAGGGAAAUGGUGCUAAGACGUGAGUUUGCGAAUGCUGUGGGUUAUCUAAAUUCAAUUUUUCGUGAAGAAAAUCAUCUCAAAUUCAUCCACUGGGAUUUCCAUAAAUUUGCGAAGAGCAAGUCGGCGAAUGUAUUGGCUGUUUUGGGUGCUGUAGCAAGCGAAGCCCUUGAUUUGACUGGAUUAUAUUUCAGCGGCAAGCCUAAAAUUGUUAAGAAGAAGGCUAGCCAACUUAGUCAUGCUAACACUGCAAGGGAACCUUCUCUGCGUGAUCUAAGAGCUUACUCUGCGGAACUUUCAAGGGGUGAGAGUGCAAAUGAUAUACUUAGUGCUCUUGCUAAUCGAGAGAAAGAGAUGAAGCUAACCCAACAAAAAAAAGACGAGGGAACUAAUUCUUCAGCUCCUCGUUACCAAAGUGGUGUUCUGCGUACUAACUGUAUCGAUUGCUUGGAUCGAACAAAUGUAGCACAGUAUGCAUAUGGUUUGGCUGCUUUAGGCCGGCAGCUGCAUGCAAUGGGUUUGAGCGAUACACCUAAGAUCGACCCUGACAGUAGCAUAGCUGCUGCACUUAUGGAUAUGUACCAGAGCAUGGGAGAUGCCCUUGCACAACAAUAUGGCGGCUCAGCUGCUCAUAACACUGUUUUCCCAGAAAGGCAGGGGAAAUGGAAGGCCACGACACAGUCUAGAGAGUUUCUCAAGUCUAUCAAACGAUACUACAGCAAUACCUACACUGAUGGCGAAAAGCAAGACGCCAUAAACUUAUUCUUGGGCUACUUUCAACCUCAGGAAGGGAAACCUGCGCUCUGGGAGCUGGAUUCUGAUUACUAUCUCCAUGUUUCAGGGAUUGGAGAUGAUAUUUUCCCAGAUAUCGGGGUCCAGUCCAUUGCUAAACCUAUGAGUGGUAUUGGAGUCAAUCUUGCACCAGUGCCAGCUUUCAGAGACGACUUCUCGCGGAAGAAGCUGACAUCGUUUGACAAACUGAUAGAGCAGACAUGCAGUUCAAUAAAGAACGUGAGGCUUUGUAGUGAGACAGACCAAAGGCCAGGUGGCAACACUGGAAGCACUGGUGUGGCUCCUGAUGCAGCUGAGAUUCAACUCAAGAGCCCCAAUUGGCUGUUUGGUUCAAGAAAGCCCGAAGAGAGUAGCUCUGCCACAAAAUCUGGUGCAGACGAUAGUGAGAAAGGAGUAACCUCGACUGAGAGAGUCAACGAUUUCUGCAACUUGGACUGGCUUUCUAAGUCCGACCGUCAUCAAGGAGAUAUCUUCCAAAGGUAUCUAUCGAUUACAUCAACCAAUGAAGCCAAUGGUUGGUAUGGUGGCACUCUCCUCGGUGACCAAGAUGAAAACAGCGAAAUUUACAGACAUUACGCCCAAUUCUGUCAGUGUCCAGCGAUGGAACCAUUUGAGAACGAUCAUGAGUUUGAACAGAACUUUGCGGAAGUUCUCCGCAUGAACACAAUCGAUGUAAUGGACAUUGAAGAAGAAGAAACGGAGAUGGAAAGCGAUUUCAAUGAAUACACUCAGAUCGGUAGCGAUCUCGGGAUCAUUCCAAUGCAAUGCAAACACUUUGCUAGUGAUCCUUGUUGGCUAGCCAGAUGGCUUGUCGGAGAUGAUAAGGUCCCGAAGGUCAUUUAAUCACGAAACCAAUGAUUUUGCUCCCCAAGAACGUCACGGAGACACUUCUUUUUUGGUUGCAUGUUUGUGAAUGUGUUCGAGUGUGCAUUUUGUGUAGAUAUAUGUAAGAAGGGACAAACCCAAAGCAAUAUUUUGUACCCCAAAAAAUAUUUGUUGGUUUAUGAUUAAGCUCACGUAUAAUACAGAAUAUACGAAUGAUUCAACCUCAGAGGCAAAAACUAGUUUCCUUCGCUCCCCUCUACAAAGUUCCCCACUUUUGUUCUUUGUUACAAACUACAACAAAUAGAAUCUUUUUUUUUUUUUGGUUUUUGUCUUUUACACUUACAGUAGCAUAUCUGACUUGGCUGGUAAUCUCUUGAAGAAAUUGGCAGGUACUGAAGGCAUUCUGCUCCUGAACCGUGGAUGACGCAGCAUGAACAGACCGAUUAUGAUUGCAAUCACCUGGAACGGUGUGACAUAGAUAAACACGGCCCAGAUCAAUGCGAAGACGAUGAAUAAAGCAGUUGCUCUCGGGUCUCUCCAGCUAAGAAGAGCUUGAAUUCUCUCCCCUUGAGUCGCCAGAUCGCCUACGACUGUCUGAACUCUACCACCGACGCUCCUAAGCCUAUCAUACCUCAUUCUGACAAUGUCUGCCGGUCUGCUGGUCGGGAAAGUGUCGAACUCUUCGUCUAGCUCGUCUGGGUGUGCAUUGUCUGCUUGGGACACUCGAGCGUCCAUGUGAGGUGGGUGUCUUGGUCUGUACCGGUAAUUCCACAUGCCUAUCACAAAGAGGUAGAGGAAGACUGUGGGUAAAAUCAGUUCUGGGUAGCAGACAAGAAUCAGGAACAGAACGUGAACCAGACACGUUGUGAUCGGGUUUCUCCAUGUGCAGAUAUCGUUGAACCACUUGCAGACCAGAGUGACCGAGGAGAGAAGCGACAUGAUUCUGCUGAAAUUAGCUUUGCUUCUCCUGAGACUGAACAUAUGGUAGUCUACAUCAAGCAUGUACUCCACAACCUCUCGUCUCAGAGGUGGCUCGGACCUUGAUAGUCUUGUUGCAACUAUUUGCAUCGCCUGAUGCCUAAGCAAGUCAAUAUGCCUGACUGGUAUUGGUUGAAUAUAAUGCAUUUUGGGCAACAACGGUCUUCCAUACUGUGCCAUCAUGUUAACAAAGCCGGUGCAGGUGUACCUCAGAGCUAGCUGAAGUUCACCAUUCUUCUUUAAACCACCAGGUGUAAGAACCAGCAACGGGUAGAAAUGAGUGUAAACCCGGUCUGUCUCCAGCGUAGAUAGCCUGACUCUAACUUUCCCAAUCCUCUGGUCCUUAAAGUCACCACCAUCGUUGACAUGACUAUUGUCAAAGACUCCAAUUGUUAUGACCGUGCAAGGAUCAUGAACUUCCCAAGUAUAUUGCUCGUUCCACUUAGGCGCAAGUGCGUCUAAAAGAGUCCUGGUUCUGACCCAUUUGUUACCAUAUUUCGCCACACAAUAGGGAUCAGUCAUUCUCCCAUCUUUACCUUUCAUAGGCAUCAAGUUCCUAGCACUGAGAAUCCCAAGCUCAAGAAUCCCAAUACUCGGCUUCCUCAAAUGCUUUGAAGAAGGUUGAAGAUCGCUGCUGAAAUGAGUGGACUCGUCAAGGACAUGGUACCCUGCUUCUAUACAAACCCGAAGCAGAAUCUUACUAGAGAACUUCUCUUUUCUUUUCUCAUUCUCUUCCUCCAUAGACAUUGAAUGUCUUUGUAGAUUAAACCACCGUGGAUCAGGCAUUUUCCCAACCUCUUGCCUGACCGGAACAUCCCUCACAGGUAUAAACACCCUCCCCAAUAUUUCAUCUUUCCCUGGACCAAUCCUAUCAUCAACAGAAACAAUCACCAUAUCCUCAAACGGCUCAGACACAACAAACAUAAGCUCCUCAUGCCACUGCGGAUUCAUCGUCCGCAUCUGAGGCGUCCUCGUCGCUCUCAUCUGAUUCCCCGCUUGAAUCUUCACAAUCGCAUCAGGUACUCUACCUUUAUCAGACGGAACAAGAUCCUGAGCUUCCAUUACGUGAAUUCUCAAGUAAUACAGCUUCGGCGAGAAGUAAACUUUGGACCGCGUAUUUGAAAGAUUCGAAUGGCUCACUCGGUGCGCAUCCGAGUGCCAAGCAUCUGGAAACGACUCAUCAGCUUGAGUUCCCAUCCAAACAGCAAGCAUAAUCUCUCCUCUGUUCGUCUUCAUACCUUUCUUAUCCUCUAACCUGUACCACUGUGGAGCCAAAGGACUAUCUGGAGGAACUCUAAGAGGAACUUCAGUGAGAUCAAUAUGAACUCUUCCAACGAAAUCGUCUUUAGUCAAAAGAUCUUUAUCUUUCACAGUGACUUCAAGAAGAUUCGAUUGUAAUCUCUCUUUAGAGAAGGCAAAGAUCUGUUUCCAGAUCGGAUUCGAAUUCUUCUCCAAAUGCUUCGUUAAACCUUUGUAGUUCCCUAGCUUCACUUCAACGUAAGGAUCUAAGCUACCGGAAACAUCCAUGACAGGAAGAUCUCGAGCUUUCACGACGCUAACGUAGAGGUAAUGCAUCUGCUCAACGAGAUCGUAUGUGCUCGACGUUUUAUCUCCACUGCUUCUGUAAUAGUAAGAUUGUCUCAUACGAGCUGCUAAAGGAGGACUAGUUUCAAUUAGCUGAAACUCCGGAUUCUGCUGUCUCGGAGGUUGCAUCUGCAUUACUGCUCCAGUCGGUGGUCCUGGAGCUCUCAUGAAAUCUGACCUAAACUCCGGUUGAUUCGGAGGUGGAGGAUAAGCUUGUUUCGCUUGUGACAUCGGUGGAGCUCCUCCUCCUCCUCCGGCGUGAGCACCGAUUGAGUGAAAAGUUCUCGACUCUUUCUCUUUCUUCUUCGUCGGCUUCAACGUCUCCAUGUUAUUAAUCUCAUCUUCAAACUGCUCGUAGUGAUUCUGAUUCUGAUUCUGAUUUUGAAAUUGAAACUCCUGAGAUUCGAAUCUCUUAUCUUCUUUCAUCACUUUCUCAGCAAAAUCCGGCGGAGGAGAGACGAAAUCGCCGCCGUCGAUAGGAGCGGCGUAGAUUCUCAAAGCGAUAUCACCUUUAAUGUUAGAAAACAAACCUCGUUUAUCAAGAGGAUAUCUCUGAACACCGGAUUCAGAUUCCGAUAACGGAACAACCGCACCGGCAAUUUUAACACGGCCGAGAAACUUCCCAGGCUGAUUAUCACGGCGGUCAUCGUAAACAGUGACGUCGACAGUCUUGUUAUUCAAACGCUUCAAGUCACCGACGUUAAAAACCAACUUCUCGUUCCACUGAGGGUUUAGAUCUUUAAACCGCGUUUGCGUUCUCUGACGCUGUUCGUCGAAUUCAACUUCUACGAAAGGACUCGCUGAGCCUUGUCCGUCUUUUGGCAUCAAAUCGCUAGCGUCAACGAUUUCUACAACUAGUUUAUUCAUAUUCGGAUAAACUUAGAAAUUUUGUUUGAAGCGGUUGUGAGAGAGAAAAGUUCCGGCGAGUAAGAUUAAUUUUAAAAGUAAGAGAUUGUGAAGUAAAGAGAAGAAAGAUGAACUAAGAAGAGAGGAGAAGAAAGAAGAAGAAGAAGAAGAACAUCUUCUUUUUGUUUCGAGGAGUGUUAAGAGGAGUAAAACUCGGGGAACACAGAGAGGUCAAGAAGAAGACGUCAUUUUAGUCAAAUUUUAUAGAUAUAAUAGUUUUAUAAUAUGGUUGUAAGAAAUAGAGAGAAAUGAAAUUAUCAAGUUGAAUUGUUU